AGGUAGCAGCCAGGACAACCUUAGCUAAAUAGCUAGCGAAUAUGAAGUGACGGCUGGACACAGAGAGUGCAUUUGCAAACACACUUUUUCAUUACUUGGAAAGUUGAAGGACGACAAGAACAUCUACACGUGACAGCUUGAAGACUGGCUACUGCAUCUGACUGGCAUGUCGAGAAGAAGCAGGAAUAGUCGGGCGUGGCGCUACGUUUGGGGUAGUAUCCGGCGAGAUUCCGAUGCAAGAGCACUUAUUCAAGCCUCGGAAACAGAGUACAGUGAUUCGGACUCUGAGGUGGAGUUGUCGGUGGCUGAGCCCCCAGUGCCCAGUGCGGUGCCAGUGACUGGGGAGUCCUACUGCAGCUGCGACUCCCAGAUCGAGGCCAGCUGCAACCCUCGCCUGCGUGGCUUCACACACAUACACGACUGCCACUGUGGGGAGGACGACCAGGAUUUUGAUUGGGUAUGGGACGAUGACAGUCGGUCGGCGGCGACGCUGCUCAGUUGCGAGAACCGUAAGGUCAGCUUCCACUCGGAGUACAGCUGUGGCACGGCGGCCAUCCGGGGGUCCCGGGAGCUGACGGACGGACAGCACUUCUGGGAGAUCAAGAUGACCUCGCCCGUCUACGGCACUGACAUGAUGGUGGGAGUCGGCACCUCCGAUGUGAACCUGGAUAAGUACAGGCAUACCUUCUGCAGUCUGCUGGGGAAGGAUGACGAGAGCUGGGGCUUGUCGUACACAGGUCUGCUUCAUCAUAAAGGUGACAAAGUGAGCUUCUCGUCGCGGUUCGGCCAGGGCUCCAUCAUUGGCGUGCACCUGGAUACCUGGCACGGCACUCUCACAUUCUUCAAGAACCGAAAGUGCAUAGGCGUGGCGGCGACGGAGCUGCAGAACAAGCGUGUGUUCCCCAUGGCGUGCAGCACGGCGGCCAAGAGCAGCAUGAAGCUGAUCCGCUCCGUCUCGGCGCCCACCUCCCUGCAGUACCUCUGCUGUGCACGCCUGCGCAGGCUGCUGCCUUCGGGCACCGACGCCCUGGGGGUCCUGCCCCUGCCGCCGGGACUCCGGCAGCUGCUUCACUCCAAGCUGGGCUGGGUGCUGACACUGGACCACCACCACGCACAAAGCCCCUCGCAGGGCCACGCGCACUCACACUCGCCCGCGGGACCCUCAUCCAGCAGCGACUCAGAGAGCUGCGGCUCUGACCCAGAGGCCUGCCAAAGGAAACGCUGCCGCUGGACCUGAUCUACGCACACACACACACACAAACACACACACACACACACACAUAUCUAUAUGUAUACACACACACACACACACACACACACUCUACAUGCAAAAGGUAAGAUAUGAAUACUGUGGGUGCACGCGACAAAAAACACACAAACUUAAGUACAGUAUUUCUUUUUGUAAUGCAAAAUGGCGGGGGUUCUGAAAAUAUCCCUUUAAAGAAAAAAACGCAACACUGAUUUAAUACAAACUGAAUGAGUUUUUUUCCUGAAUAGGCAAAGUAUUCUGAUUAACUAGUAAAAAAAAAAGCUGGCGUUUACAAAUUAAAAAUUAAGUCUAAGUCUCCACGUUCAAAAAGGUCAAAGAGAAAGUGCUUUUAGAGGCUGGCUUUAAGAAAAGAAAACACCCUUCUAUAGACACACACAUCCACGUGCAACACCCCAAACACACCUGUGAGAGCCUUUGGGGACCAGCUGCAUUCUGCCAACAGCAGUGACUUUAUACACUGGUUCAGGAUAUUAGAAACACGGGCUUAACAGUUCCUUCCAUGCAUUCCAAUGCCACAGUGGUCUACUGUGAUCGUUGAUGCGUUUGUCAGCAAGCGUUAACUGGAUAUCAAAGGCUCCUAACAGUAUUUAAAACAUUUUGAGAGUAUUACAACAGCAAAUCAGCUGGUUCCUUAAACAAUUUACACUGGACUGCACAACUCAACUUAACAUUGUGGCCUGUUUCAUGUGUUUUGCUUUUUAAAAAAUAUUCAAACUGUUACUGCUUUCUGGAUGCUGUUCUCGGAAGUGUUGAUACACGGAAGAAGUAGAUCAAGUAUUAGUCUCAACCUGGGGUGUAUUCCAAUAACCUGUCUCAGUAGUAAAGCAGGUUAAGUUAACCAUGAGGUAGUGAUAAAUCAUCGAAUAGAAGAACCUCCUCAUUUUUUUGGAACUAAAUGACACAUUUGGGCUAUCAAUUAGCAAGUCUACCACUUCCUGUAGGUAAACUUACCCAGAUACUGGUAUAUCAUUACCUCCGCCAAGGAGGUAAUGUUUUCGGUAGCGUUGGUUUGUCUGUCUGUCUAGUUUUUGAGUUAUCCAGCUGACAAACAAACAAUCAACGAAUUUGGACGAAACUUUGUGGAGUUGUUGGUAAAGACCCAAGGAACAUGUGAUUAAAUGUGAUCUGGAUCACGAACCAGAACCAGGACCUUUUUAAAGAUUCUUCACCAUUGCUGGCCUAUAAAUCUAGACGCCCCUAGUGACCACAUAUUGAAUUGCAGUUUCUAACUCCACAAAAGAAGGCAGAAAGAGAGGGUGUAACAUAGUCAGAUGUUCUAUUAAGCAGCUUCCUUGGCGGAGGUCUGCGCUCUCUGAGUGCUUCUAGUUUAACCAUGUUCUUGAAAUAGCCCCUGCCCUCGCCUACGUGGCCAAAGCUCUAACUACUCGUUUACUUUGGCGUGUUAAGAAAGGUGCCCGUCAGGCCCCUUGCAGCAGUUUGGUCGUGUUGCCUUUCGACCAAAAGCUACUGAUGGGUAUAUUUAGGAUUUUGAAUGGCGGGAGAGAAACGGUCGCACUCAGAGUUGUUUACUGCAGUGAAGGAACAGGUCUCAUUUGUUGCAGGAUUUGAAAUCAAACACACCGUGAUGUCUGUGUUUUCUUGUGCUUUCUGCCAGUUGCUGCUUCACACAUUUUUCGUUGUUGUCUUUUUUUGUAACUGGACCUUCUUACAAAUACAUGUGGCCUGAUGAAUUCAGAUACUUUCUUCCACAAAAGCUCAUUGCAUAAUUUAUGUGUACACUCGAGGAACAAUGAACACCCUCAGAAACGUAUGGAAUUUGGCCGAAAAGGGGAUUGAGGCAAACCUGUAGAAUGUGGAGCACUCCUUAUUUGUUUGUGUAUUUUUUUGCUGAUGUGUCAACCUAUGUGGGUGAGUGAGUGGCUAUCUUAUAAUUUAAUUAGGUUUGGUGUGUGUAUGUGCAUAGUGUGUACGAUUCAGAUCAGUUUACAUACUUAAGUCACGUGAGGAGUGUUCCUGUGCCUUUGGCCUGCCCUGUCAUUCAAACCAUGGUAUCCUAGGUGACACUUUUUAAAAAUGCUGUUCAGACACACAAGUUUCGUUUUUGUUUUUGUUUUGUUUUCAUAGCCUCAUUUUUUCAUAUCUUCUUUUUUUAGACAAUGUCAUUGUGGAGGAAGCCUCCUCUCUUGUGUCUUCUUUUUCAGUGGGUCUUAAUCAAAUACAUACACUAUAAAUAUAUGUUUUAUAAUUGUCUGUAAAAAGAAAAAAAACCCUUUUUGUUAUGCAUUAAAGCACUUUUGCUUAUUGUAUGUAUAUAAAUUUACAUAUUUCUUCAACUAUGCUUUCAUCUGUACAUACUGUAUGUAUAAGCUUAGUCUCUAUUUGCAUUCUGUAUAUCUAAAGCAUGGCCUUUAACCGACUUAUGGUGUUAACAUGAAAUAAAUAUGCACAAAAUCA